AUGGAGUCGUCCGUCCAAGGAAAAGAUGAGCCACCAGUGCAACUGAGAGUGGAAUCCCAAACCAAGGAACGGGGUUGCAGUUACAAGACUUUUAGUAGCACCCGUCCUAAGGAAUUCAGAGGUAUUGAGGGCCCGGUAGCCCUAAUGAACUGGGUGACUAAAAUACAAAGCUGUUUUAAGAUUUGUAAGUGUUCAGAAGAACAAAAAGUGAUUUACGCUGCUACUACCUUUGGAGAUUCAGCASUUCAUUGGUGGGAGACUGAAUGCGCCAUUCGAGGGGAUGAAAACAUCGCCACCCUGACCUGGGAGGAAAUGAAGAAGAUGUUGAUGGAUAAAUAUUGUACACAGACAGAGGUGAAGAAGUUAGAGUCAGAAUUCCUGAGGUUGGAGCAAGGAUCUUUGUCGGUUCAAGAGUACGUGAACAAAUUUCUUGAAAAGGCUAGAUUUGCUAGUUAUCAGGUGGCAACUGAGCAAAGAAAAAUAGAUCGAUUUAAAGAUGGCCUAAGGAUAGAGAUAAAGCAGUACGUGGAUAUGGUUAAAUCAACCAUGUUUGUUCAAGCUGUGGAAAUGGCGACUGUUGCGGAGGAAAAUAACAUCAAGGCAACUAGGAGAGAAGGGAGGUCAAAAGGAAACGGGAAGCAUCAAGUAAAUUGA